GGCAACUACAUACGCCAUUCUUCGAAUUUUAAUUAUUUCUGCAUUGUUGUGUUUAGUGAAAAUAGUGAAAAUCAUUUAAGAUAUUUAAUAGUUUUCGCCUUCAAAUAAAUGUUUGAAAAGUGUUAAAUAUAGUUAUGACCACAAUGGAACCGGCACAGAAUAAAACAUGGGAUUUAUCUUUGUACGAGCUGCAGCGCAAUCCGCAGGAAAUUAUCACUGACAAUACUGAGAUUGCAGUUUCACCCAGAAGUCUGCACAGCGAAUUGAUGUGUCCCAUUUGUUUGGAUAUGCUAAAAAAGACGAUGACAACCAAAGAAUGUUUACAUCGUUUCUGCUCCGAUUGUAUUAUUACCGCAUUGCGUUCGGGUAACAAAGAGUGUCCAACUUGCCGCAAAAAACUUGUCUCAAAACGUUCACUACGGCCUGACCCCAAUUUCGAUUUGCUAAUAUCGAAAAUAUAUCCCAGUCGUGAGGAGUAUGAAGCCAUACAGGAGAAGGUCAUGGCGAAGUUCAACCAAACACAGUCGCAACAGGCAUUAGUUAACUCAAUAAAUGAGGGCAUUAAGUUACAAUCUCAAAAUCGACCACAACGUUUUCGUGCCAAAGGCUGUGGCGGACGUAAUGGUGGCGGAAAUGGCAAUGGUAAUCACAAUUCUGCAAAUGCGAAUAAUUCGAAUAAUGAAAGUGCUACGAAUGGCAAUGAUAGUGAUAACCGGGAAAGUGGUAAUGCACCACAACCUGCAGCAGCGCCACCUUCAACACAUUCCAGCACUUCGGCGGCCGCAGCAUCAGCAUCUGGUAGCAGUGCCAGUACAAGUCGUAUGCAACAUGAUGACGGUGGCUCCAAUCCACCAUCCAUGCGUAGUACACCUUCACCGGUGCCAUCGAACUCGAGCAGUUCGAAACCGAAGCGUGCAAUGUCGGUGCUCACGUCAGAACGUUCUGAGGAAUCAGAAUCUGAUUCACAGAUGGAUUGUCGCACCGAAGGUGACUCUAAUAUUGAUACAGAGGGUGAAGGUACCGGCGAGCUGGGCAUAAAUGAUGAAAUAGAAUUGGUGUUUAAACCGCAUCCGACUGAAAUGGCUGGUGAUAAUCAGCUGAUGAAAGCUUUAAAAGAAAACUGCAUACGCUAUAUAAAAACUACAGCCAAUGCUACAGUGGAUCAUUUAAGCCAAUAUCUAGCAAUGCGUCUGACACUGGAUUUGGGCGCUGAACUUCCAGAAGCUUAUCGUAUGCUGAAUUUUUGUAUUUACAUCGCACCGCAACCCCAGCAACUGGUCAUAUUAAACGGUAAUCAGACGUUACAUCAAGUAAAUGACAAGUUCUGGAAGGUAUCGAAAGUUAAUAAACCAAUGGAGAUGUAUUACUCGUGGAAGAAACAGUAACAUUUAUGCUAAGAGACACUGGUUUUCGAAAGAAAGCGAAAGCGGCAUUGCAACCGAUUUUAUUAAUUUCAUCUGAUAAGUAUACUUUAGAAAAAAAAUAUUUUUACAAGUGCACGCCCAAAGCAAGCGACUUGUUUAUUAAUUAAUAUAUUAAUACUAAAUGUAUGGUUGUAAGCAAAAAUAAAUUAAUUAACCGACGUGAGUUGUGUGCAAAAAACGUAAUUUUAUUUUACAUAUGUAAGUGUAUAAUUAAGCACAUUGAACAGCAACUAGCUGCUGGUUAUUUUACAAAUAAAGCAGAAUUGUGUAAAAACUUAAACUACAUAAUAACUACAUAUGUACAUAGGACGUUAUUAAAUGGACACGUAAAAAUAUCAAAAUAUCGUUAACAAAAAUAUGUGUGAUGUUUCCCCG